ACUGUUGUCAAGAUAAGACGUGUGCACUAGUGACUCUUAACGAAUAAAUACUAUACAAUUCGAGUACGUAAAUAUAAUAUGCAGAACAUGUACGUGUGUUUGUCAAAUCUAGUAAUUUUGAGAUAGUGGGCAGUUGCAAGUGUAUCCAACCAAAAAAUUUCCAAAUUACAGUUCCAAUUAGGGAAAAAAAAUCUCUAUCAUGGCAUCUCAUACUCAAAUGGCUCAACAGUUGCCUGUUAAAGAACAGGCAAUAGUGCUCGACUAUGUCAAUGGAAUUUCUGCUCAAGAGUACGUAACAGCAAUUGGUCAAAUAAUUGGUCCCAAAAACAUUGGAUUUGUAUCGCCGAUCUCUAAUGAUCUUGUGUAUAUAUUUCUUAAUAGUAAGGAAACGGUGAACAAGCUCAUAAAUAGUAAUACCGUAGUAAACAUUGGAACACACGUUUUGAAGAUACGACCAUUAAUUCCAAGAUUAAUACGAAUUAUCUUAUCUAACGUGUGUCCAAUAAUUCCACCCUUUAUUAUAGAAAAGGAGCUCGCCAAAUUGAAUGUUCAACCAAUUUCGCAAAUAACGUUCAUCAAGCAAAAUAUUAACGAUCCCAAUUACGCUCAUAUAUAUGGCUCGGAUAGAGAGAUGUACAUCCGACUUGAGGAUGCAUCAAAAUUACCAGAAAUACUUCAGGUUCGGACGCUCUAAGGAAAUAUCACGACUGGGUGGUCCGUUUCGGUGGCUACAUUGAGACGUCAGCGGUACGGUAACUCGGCCGAGUUCCUCUCAAGCUAGCGUGCGUUCGUUCCUGCAAAUCGUGCCGACUCUCGAAAGAAGCUUGAAAUAUCGUGCAAGGAAGAAAUCUCUCUUUCUCUCUCCCUCCCCUCUCUCUUUCUUUUUUGAAGAAAGAAGCAAACACUACCAUUAUCGAUCCCGCGCCAACGACGUUUACGUUGCCGAAAAUCAAGAUCACCCAAGAAGAUUGUACAAAAAAACAAAACCGCAUUUACAUUACACAUGACUUUUUCAAAAAUGUAACUUCUAUAAAUAUUAUGGAAAUAAUUUUUUAAAUUAUAAUUAUAACAUCCUAACAACAAUCAAAUAUUUAUACGUUUAUAAGUACAAAAAUGUACUUAUAAGUCAAAAUAAGAGUACAUCAUUUAUUAUUAAGAUUUAUUAAAAUAAAUAUUUAUAGAUGUCCUUUAUACAUAUUCAAUAAAUAUUAAUAACAAUUAAUUAAUUAAAAUAAAUAUAAAAUAUCAUAAUAAAAACAUAAAUAAUCGUAAAUAAAAACAUUGUACUACUUAACGAUUUAUAUCGAUAUUAACCUAUAAAAGUAUGAUCAUAGAAAACUAUACGAAGAACAAUACAGUGGCAUGUUGAUAAGAAAGAUCAAAAGAGAAAGAGAGAGACAGAGUGAUAGAGAGAGAAAGAGAAAGACGGAGAAAGAUAGAGAGACAGAGAACAGUGACAGAUCGACGAUCUACGAGAGCCACACAAAAGGAUCAGGAUUAAUUCUACGGAAGAGAGAAUGGUCGGGGGUGAGACGUAGGAGAGAAACUUCGUGCUUGUGCAAGGAACGAACGAACGAAAGAACCAACGAACCAACGAUCUGCAGUCGAGACGCAUACGGAAUACGUAUGCCAAGAGCAUGGGCCCUCACGCGCAUCGAUCUCGCAAUACGGAUCACCGCAUUAUACGAAGUCGCUCUUAAAGCCGCUUUUAAGGCUCGAACACGAGACACGAGGUGCUCGUGACAUUGCACUGUCUAUGAUAAUACGACACGCGAACUCCAUGAUCUGCUCUACGUACGACGAUAUUCCUGUUUCUACCAGCUCCGAAUGAUCUUAAAACUCACUCUCACUCUCUCACUCUCUCUCUCUCUCUCUCUCUCUCUCUUUCUCUCUCUCUCUUUCUCUUUCUCUUUCUCUUUCUCUUUCUCUCUUUUUACUGUGAAAAAUCCUUACGAAAAGUUAUUUCAUACAAUGUAUAUUCUGUUAUCUUAUAAUUUUCGUCAACUUGUUUCAAUAAAAAACUAUAUUUAUAUGGUAAAUAGAUAUUUAAUUAUAAUUGAAUAAGUUUAAUAUACAAAUAUAUAAUAUAUAUGUAAUUGUAAUUAAUCCAAUAAAGAGAAAGUCAUUUAUUAAUCACAAACACAAAAUUGG